UCUUGGCUGUAAGGGCUGUUCAUACCUAAAAUCUUUGCAUAAUUGACAUGUCUACCAAACCCAUUCACCCUUUGCUGAAAAUCAAUCCAACAAGUGAAUGCUGGAGAGUGUUAGUUCGUGUGGUUCGAUUGUAUAAGAUACCAGAUUACAAUGAUGACAAAGUCACUAAUUCGAUUGAGAUGAUAUUCAUGGACGAACAUGUUAUCAUGUGAUAACAUUACGAGUUCAGACCAAAGUGACUUCCUCGAUACGAGCAAAACAAGGGUGAUUGCUAACCUGAAGGAGUGUAAUGAGGUAUAUUUGAUAUUUUUAAGCAUUCAAUCCAUACUUUCGAGACUUUUAAUUAUUGGUUUGCUUUUUGGAUUCAAUAUAUUAACAUAUGCACUAUUAAUUGAGAAAUAACAUGAGACCUAAUAUAUGAAUUUCUCUAAAAAGGAUGGAUCGUAUGUGGUGUAUGGGACUACCGUUGCGGUAAACAAUGAGAGCGAUUGGUGGUAUUUAGCAUGUAAGUGUAACAGAGCUGUUAAACCUGAUGGUGCAAUGUACUACUGUGCGCACUGCUCAAGUCGUGUUUUCAAGGUCACCCCGAGAUAUCUUAUCAAGCUGUCUGUUAAAGAUGAUUCUGGAACAACCACAUUUUUUAUUUGACCGUGAGGCGUCCAAUAUUUUGAAUAUAUCCUGUGCAGAAUUGAUGGAAAAAAGUGAUUUGGCUGGAAGUUUUGAAAAUCCAAAAGAGUUUGAUGACCUCUUGCUUGGGAAGACGUAUAUUUUCAAAGUUGAGGAUGGAGAGUAUGCAGUCUACGGUACCAUCAAAGGUGUGGAUGGUGGAGCUGAUUGGUUCAUACCAACGUGUAGAUGUGGAUCGGAAGUGAUUCCACGGAAUGGCUUUUACUACUGCAGCGACUGUAAAAAAUGUGUUGUGAAUGUGAUUCCAAGGUAUCGAAUUAAGGCAAGAGUGAACGAUGCAUCAGAUAGUGCGACUUUUGUGAUAUUUGAGAGUCUUGGAUGUUUGUUGUUGCAUAAGUCCUGCUCUGAGAUGCGGAAAUUCUGUGAGGGCUUGCCAGUAGGAUGUGAACAACCAGAUGUGUUCAAACAAAUGCUACUUGAAAAGUCAUUUAUCUUCAAGGUUGAAGUCAAGACUGCAAAUAUCAAUGAUUUUGAACCUUCCUACAAUGUGAAUGACCUAUGCUUUAAUGACCGGAUCAUUGCAAAAUUUAUGGAGAUGCACUCUUCAUUUUUCUCUCCUCAGACGGAUAAGACUCUCGGGUAUUCAACUGAUGGGAAGACAAACACAGAAGUCAUUUCAGUUGGCAAUGCAUCGUCUUGCGUAAAGGUAUUGAAAUCCAAGACAUAAAAUAAGAUUAAUGUUUAAAUAUUUUUUAUUCAUUAAAUUUCAGGAAACUACUAUCCAUGCCACUGUAAGAAAAACUCUUGUGGGAA